AUGGCGCCGUCUCAAUCUCAUCAGCAUGGCGCGCUGGCCGACAUGACAAGUGCGCAAGCCAAGGGGUUCUCAUGGCUGUCAAAUGCAGGAAUUGUCAAGCUCAACCUGAUGCUAUUGCUUUUUCAGGUUUCUAGUUACGCGACAGGAUAUGACGGCUCAAUGAUGAAUGGGCUUCAGUCCUUAGAUAACUGGAAGGACUAUUUCAAUGACCCUAGCGCAUCGCAACUUGGCCUACUAAAUGCUAUUCAGAAUGUCGGCCAACUGGUUGCGCUUCCAUUUUGCGCCAUAAGCUGCGACAAAUUUGGCCGUCGUCCCGUGCUGGUGGCCAGUGCCGUCCUUUUGCUCCUCGGAGUUGUGCUUCAAGCUGCUGCACAAAAUACCGGAAUGUUCAUUGCAGCAAGAGGAAUAAUUGGUCUCGGGUUGGCCUUCAAUAUCACUGCGGCACCUCUCCUUCUACUGGAACUUGCAUAUCCCCAGCAACAAGGCCCAGUCGUUGGCAUUUAUAAUAGUUUGUGGAAUUUGGGUGCACUUAGCGCAGCCUGGGUUACUUUUGGAACGUUCCGAAUCGGCAACACCUGGUCUUGGCGAGUCCCUUCACUGCUACAAGGCGCGUCCAGCGUCUUGCAGAUUUGUCUCUGUUGGCUGGUUGAUGAGUCUCCCCGUUGGCUCAUCUCGCAAGAACGAGAUGACGAGGCAAGAAAGCUCAUCACAAAGUAUCAUGCAAAUGGCGACGAUGCUCACCCAAUAGUUGCCUUGGAAAUGGAAGAAAUCCGAGUUGCUUUGCGCCUUGAGGCUGAAUAUAACAAGACCACCUCGUAUCUAUCUUUUUUUAAGACCAAGGGUAAUCGACGGCGAUUCUUCAUCAUUCUUUCAGUCGGCUUCUUCUCGCAGUGGAGCGGCAAUGGACUUAUUUCUUAUUACCUAACUUUGAUUCUCAACUCCAUCGGCUACACAUCUGAGGAUACCCAGACUCUUAUAAAUGCCUUACUAACGGUUUGGAGCAUGGUUUGGAGUCUAUUCUUUUCGGCUGUCAUCAACAAGUUCGGCAGGCGCACCAUGUUUCUCGCGUCAACGGCUGGUUGUCUUGUUGUAUACAUUGUUUGGACGGCGCUUGAGGCCACUUACGAAAAGCAGACGGCCCUGGAUGGUGAAGGUGGUGGUCCUUACGCAAAAGCUGUCCUUGCCAUGAUUUUCCUGUUCAACUUCGCAUACAGCAUAGGCUGGACACCUUUGCAGGUCGCCUAUGUUAUUGAAAUCCUGCCGUUCAACCUUCGUGCCAGGGGACUUGUCCUAUACAACCUAUUUGUGGCUUUGGCACUCAUCUUUAAUCAGUAUGUGAAUCCUAUUGGUGUGGAAAACUCCGGAUGGAAGUACUACAUCAUGUACGACGUUUGGCUAGCGUUUGAGCUCCUUGUCGUGUAUUUUCUUUUUGUUGAGACUGGCUCACUUAGUUUGGAAGAAACGGCAGCGGUUCUCGAUGGAGAGGACUACGGAAAGAGGCUGGAAGCCGAAACGGUUCACAAUGCGGAGAAAUCGGAUGCUUUGGUGUACCAGAUUACCAAUGAAGCAGCAGACAAGAAGGGAGAUGCCGUUGCUUGA